ACACGACAAAGAAGGAACCGACAAAGAAUCUGUUAUUUCGAUCGUUAGAAAUACAGAUAUUCUAUAUUAUUGUUUUGUUUAGUAGAACAAUGGGCAAAAAACAUAAGAAGCAUCACAAAUCUGACAAAAAUCCGGUUGAUGUUGAAGUCACAAGGGAUCUGAUUGCUGAACCGCCACUCAAACUGGUCCUCAAGGUCGGAAGUAAGACACAGGAUGCCAAAACUGGCAUCAAAGACUUCCGCGUGAGCAAGCCAAAACUAGAGCCCACCGCGGCUCCGGCAUCAACAGAGGAGCACCGCGACACGCCCAAAGAAUCCCACCAGAAAAAAAAGAAGAAGAAGAGGAAGUGGCAUGAUGUCGAACACAGCACCUCAGAACAGGAGAGGGCAGCAGACAGCAGUCAGGAUCAGGCGGAAUCAAUGGAUGUGGAUUCGGAGCCAGUUGAGGAGAAGCCGAAAGAACCAAUUAGCAGCAAAAAGAAAUCUUCAAAGAAGCAGCGGUACCAUGAGGAGGACUCUGAAAGAGCUGAAAGUGUGGAUCAACGCUCCACUGCCAGCGAGAAGAUCCACCGUGAACCAAAGAUAGAACCCAUGCAACACCCUCCGACACCAAGCAUCAGUAGGGAGAAAGAAAAAAUUAUGAACAAAAUUGCCCUGAAAAAAGUACUUGAGAGUCUGCAGAAAAUUAUUCAGAGGAAAGAUGUUGAUCAGUUCUUUGCUUGGCCAGUGAAUGAUGUCAUUGCGCCGGGGUAUUCAAGCAUCAUCCAGCAACCCAUGGAUUUUAGCAACAUGAAGAAAAAGAUCGACUGUAACGAAUACAGCUCUCUCGAUGAAUAUAAGGCGGACUUUUCAUUAAUGUGUGAAAACGCAACAAUCUACAACAGACCAGAAACUAUCUACUACAAGGCAGCUAAGCGUCUUCAUGCUGUGGGCUUAAAAUGUAUGACCAAGGAGAAACUAAUGCUGUUGAAGCGGAGUUUUGGUUACCGUGAAAGCAGCGACCCCGGCAAGUCCAGGAUCAAACUGAGCAAGAAGCUAAUGCAGAGCGAUGCUGAUUUAUCAACAGAAGACUCAAGUGUUAUGGAGGCCAUAGACUCGGAAGACAGUAACAUGGCACCAACAAUUGGAUCAGGAAGUAUUGGUGAUGUAACUGAGGAAGAAUCCGCUGAGGAGAUUAUUGAGCAGGCCCUGGAAGCAGCUAAAGAUGCCAGAGAACGUCUAACGGCGAGAUUUCCUAAAUCCAAGCUUGGCUUUUUACGGAGAGACAAGUCCGGCACGACAACCCUUGCCAUCUUGAAUCGGUCUCAGCCAGGGGGCGAUGAGAACAAGCCAGUCAAUCUGGGGAUGCUGACCGGGAAGCUAACCCAAGGCACUGGGACAUUGCCAGGGUUUAGGGAGGACAAACGCAACAAGGCCAUUCCAGUUGCCUACAUUGCCAAUGGACCUUUCAACUCCCAUGGACCACAGUACGACUCCUCAUUUGCCAACAUCAGUAAAGAGGAGUCCGACUUAUUGUAUUCAACCUACGGAGACGAAGCUGGUGCCCAGUAUGCUCAGAGCAUAAAGGAAUAUGUAGAGAACUGUGAUGAUUAUGUGGUUAGCCUCGUCGACGGCAUGCUAGACACACUCACUAAGGGACAACAUUCCAAGACAAUGGCGCUACUAAAACAGAAAUCAGUGGAUAAAGAAGCAGCAAAAACAGAUACGUCGACUGUCUCGGCUGGUACCCAGAAGGAGACCUCUAGUAACAAGGAGGCCGUCAAGGAAGAGCAGGAGACGCCAGAAACAAACAUUCAGUUUGAUUCCCUAAAGUCACUGUCAGACAUUGGCAUUGAUAUGUCAUUUCUUCCAUCAUUGGAAAAACUCCUGGGCAGUGAGGCAGACUCGGUGCCUGCAAUCGACUCGGCAGAGAUCGACAACAAACUGAAGAGCACCAGCGAUCUGAUCAAUGAGUUGGAGAAGACGCAGACGGCGAGACUAAGUCGGAAGCCCCCUAAUCAUCUUCAGUUCGUCGCCAAGCCAUCGGAGCAAGAGAGUAGCAUCGCAGAGAAACUCACACAGCAACUUCUGUCACUAACCUCCAAGAUCAAACCAUCAGAUGUUGUUCCAGUUGGAGCAGUUCGGGAUGCAUUGGGUAUCGCAACGGACGUGGACAAGGAGGUGACUGAAGAGUGCCUCAUCGUGGGAGAAUCAUCGCUAGAUGUACCCACGGACAUUCAGAUGACUCAAGUCACAUCAUAGAUGCAUGGGAUUCAAAUCCCCCUGUCAAUUAAAAACAUUUUGUUCACAUCCUGCAGCGUUUCCCAAAAAGUGUUUAAUUGGCCCCCCUCCCUCAAAUUAUGACACUGAAAGGUAGGAAGUAUGGGUACAAAAUGAGUGUUUUGAAAGUCCCUGGAUUUCUUGCAUUUUCCACGUAUUUCCAUUGUUCAGUUUACUCCAUGUGAAUUUAUUAUAUUUUGUAGACGAUCAGACCAUACUGAUUUGAAACGUCUAGUUGAAACCAGCGGUUCUUUUCAGAACCACCCCAACUCAUUUAGAGAUAGUCAGUACAUGGUGUUACCGAAAACCUUUCCAUAUAAUAUUUUGUUACUUACUUUAUUUGUGUUCAUCAUGGAAGUUUUCAAAUACAAACCUUAACCUGGAAGAAGAAAGAGAAUUUGAGCUUAAAAGAAAUGCAAAAGGUAGCUAUAACCCAAUGCCAAAUUCAGUUAAAGGCAGUGGACACUAUGGUUAUUACUCAAAAUCAUUAUUAGCAUAAAAAACUUGCUGGUAACAAGCAA